UUUACGAGAUGUCGGCCUCUUCCGUCGCCGCCAUUGCUGUAUGAUGUAUUCGGCGAGCGCCAAAAUCGUGAAGCCACAAGGCGAAAAGCCUGAUGAGUUUGAAUCUUCAAUCUCACAGGCUCUGUUGGAGUUGGAGAUGAACAGUGACCUGAAGGCACAGCUGAGGGAGUUGUACAUCUCUGGGGCCAAGAUGGAAACUUUUACAGCAGUCUACAAGAAACUGACUGGAAAGGAUGUUACCUUUGAAUUUCCAGAAUACGUACUGUAAAUGAGAUAGAAAAAAAAUGGAAGUUGAAAAAAAAAGUGUAAAAUAAAGACUUAUCAUUGAA